GUGAAUGGAGGCACCAUGAACAUUUGGGAAGUGAUCCUGGCUUUCUUGAUUGUGGUGCUCAUCCUUGUAUCGUUGCUGUCCAAUGUGUUGGUGCUGAUCUGCUUUCUGUAUAGCGCAGAUAUCCGCAAGCAAGUCCCCGGAUUGUUUAUCCUCAACCUGACCUUCUGCAACUUGUUGAUGACUGCUUUGAACAUGCCUCUCACUCUGGCUGGGAUCAUUUACAAGAAACCACCUGGAGGAGAACAGCUUUGCCACAUAGUGGGGUUUUUAGAGACUUUCUUGACUACCAACUCCAUGCUGAGCAUGGCAGCUCUCAGCAUUGACCGGUGGAUAGCAGUGGUAUUUCCUCUAAACUACCAUUCCAAGAUGCGUUACAAAGAUGCUGCCCUCAUCCUCAGCUACACGUGGUUACACUCAGUAUCUUUCCCCAUUGUGGCAACUUCUCUUUCUUGGGUAGGGUUCCACCACCUUUAUGCCUCUUGCACCCUGUACAACAAGAAACUGGAGGAGAGGACCCAGUUUAUGAUUUUCACAGGGAUCUUUCAUUCCUUUAGCUUUCUCCUCUCUCUCAUAGUCUUGUGCUUCACAUAUCUGAAAGUGCUGAAGGUGGCACGCUUUCACUGUAAAAGGAUUGACGUGAUUACUAUGCAGACCCUUGUGCUUCUUGUGGACAUCCAUCCCAGUGUAAGAGAGCGAUGUCUAGAAGAGCAAAAGAGGCGGAGACAACGAGCAACCAAGAAAAUCAGCACAUUUAUUGGGACUUUUAUACUUUGCUUUGCACCAUAUGUAAUCACAAGAUUACUAGAAUUGUCAUCAAUAGUUCCCAUCAAUGCUCACUGGGGAGUUAUUUCUAAGUGCUUGGCCUAUAGUAAAGCUGUUUCAGAUCCCUUUGUGUAUUCUUUGUUACGACACCAGUACAAGAAAACAUGGAAAGACAUAAUAAAUAAGAUGUUGAAAAGAGGCUCAAUAAAUUCAUCAGCUCUCACAAGUGAAUCACAAAGUCGACAUUUUUUGCAAGGGAACGAAUGAAGAGGCAAGAACUAUUUUUGAAAAUGUAGCAUAAAGCUGAUGGACAAGCUGAGGAAUGAUAGGCAGGAAUCAUCAGCUGACAAUAUUUUGGAAAGCCUGCCUGUUAAGUGUUCAGCAAUUUAGGUAAUUAAUUUCAAAUCAAAGUUGGAUGCCUUUUAAUUCUGAUAUACAAUAUAGCCUACUACAAGAUCUCCUUCAGUUCCAUGAAAUAUGUCCAUUCAUAUCCACAAAGACAUAAGCUUGUCUUUAUUUAAACGUGGAUUUGGUAUGAAUUAUAGUAAAGGAUGGCGAUUACAUACCUACCAACAUAAAAACACUGGACAACCUUGUGACACUUUUAUUAUGUGACA